UUAUCACAUAAUUGUUAUCAAUAGAAUAUCACUGAAUAAAUUGGAGGGAAAAAAUGAAAUUAUUAAUUCGAAUAUUAAGGUAAAUCGGUUUAAACUGUGCAUGUAAACGUUGCCACGUAAACUGGUUUGGUGGAAGUGUAUUAUCCUAAUACGGUAUUACUAUAGUAUGUAUACUUGUGACCUAAUUCGAAUUGAUUCAAUACGAAUCAAAUUAAUACGAAUUAAUGGAUGCAUGUAAACGUAGUAUAUAUAUGAAGAGGCGUCAGUUAUUCGUCAGAAAUUCACGAGAGUGCAUCGAUUGUUAUUUAUUAUGUUUUUGUUCGUCCGUUCUUUUAUUCAUUGCAGUAUGGUUGGUAUUGCAUACGAAACAGUGGUAGGUGAGAAAAGCAAAGCUGCCAGUCCUAAGCCUGGAGAAAAUGUGAAGGAAAAUAUUACUGCCAAAUAUAUCAUAGUUACAGGUAGUAGGACGGAAUUCAGAUAUAGUUGCUCCGCCUCACAGUGGUCUGUAUUGUAAAUUAGCAUGCCAAAACCUAUUUUUAAAAGUUUAGCGAUCUGUGCGGUGUGCAUGUACUUAAGUUAUAAUUUUUCUUUUUGAAACCUAAAGUAUGGACAUUUUUGCAGAAGCGAGUUGUAGUCGUGAUUUUAGAAAUCAGAAUUUCACUUACAAUGAUUUAUUUAAUUUAUUACGGGGAAACGGAUCACUAAAUCCCCAGUCCAAACACUCCAGAGAAUUUUUGUUUAAAAAGUUAUGUGAGAAGUAUGAUGGGAAAAAUUGGAUGCUUGAGUACUCAAAUAAAAUAAAUGCUGGCUUAAAUAGUUAUACGAUGGUUUUAUCACGAAAAUGGAUACAAUGUAAUAGAAAUAUUCACAUUUUUAAUAAAAAUAACAGUGCAUGGCUAAAAACAAUAUUUAACUUACCUGUGAAUAACGUAUGUACAAAAUAUAAUGAUAAAAAUCAAACAGGUCGUCCGUCAAAAGAAUUUUUGGAAUGUUCUGAAAGAACUAAAAGACAAAAAGUACUACCUAUUAUUCUUCGCCGGAAUUAGUGUUGGCAUUAUCAACUAAAUUUCAAAAGUCGGGAAAAAGAAGUGCUGCUUUACUUCUAAAUGAUUCUUUGGCAUCACCAACAAGAUCUACCAAAAUUAAAAAUAUAAUUACUAACGUAGAUCAUAAUAAAACUAUUACAUAUACUGCCAAUGAAUCAUUGGCUUUUUUAAUUGAAAAUAAAUUAACCAAACAACAAUACCUAAAUACAAGACUUGGAGCAAAGAAAAAAAAUUGUGAUAUAUACUCACCGUAUGCAAGUAUUCUAGAGGCAAAAAAAUUGUUAUCCAGAUAAUUUGCAUAUUUCCGAAAGUAAUUGUUUGGUUCCUAUGCAAAACCUCCUUUUAGGACAUUUAUCAGAGGAGGCUCAAGAAUCUCGAAAUAAAGAUUACAAAAUGUACAGAAGACACCACACAAGAAAAAUUUCAAAAAUAAACAUAAACAAAGACCUCUUACAUGUGUUAUUAAUAUCAUCUGACUCUUUAAUAUCGUCCAUAAGAUUAUUUCCAAAAAAAAAAAAAAAUUACAAGACUUAUCAAAUGAAGCUAAAUCGUUAUUGAAUGUAAUGCAGUUAGACGAAACAAAUUUGAACAGUAAUUGUGAUAGUGAUAGUGACAUUACUAUAAUAUAUUGUUACGUACUUUUUUAUAGUUAUAUUACUUACAAUGUUAAAUAUUGAUAAAUGUAUAUAAUUUAAUUUUAAAAAUUAAAAACAUCCCCUAUUACCCAUUACUAGGGGUUGAUUACAGAAUGAAUAUUAUAUUUAGAUACACCCUUAGAACAUGUAAAUUAAUUGAUGUUUAAUAUACAAGUUUUAUGAACAUUUAGGAAAGUAGCUUUUUUUACCCCUAAUUAGGGGCUGAUUUAAAAACUGAUAAGAAAUUUGGAUUCAGCCUAUUAAAAACUAAUAGAAUUGAUAUUUAACAUAAUUUUUUUAACUCAUAUUAAGAAGGUAUUAAUUAAUGUAAGCUAAUUUACAAUACAGACUACUGUGCGCCUCCGGGACGGAAUUCGGUCUUCAGUUAUGGAAUCAUAGGGGGCCCAGGACGGAAUUCGGUACCAGCUAUAAAUUGUAAUAAAGAGUGCUAAACAAGUCAAUAAAGAACUAUAAGUUUAAAAUCGGUAUUUUUACCGUACUACUUGGGAGAGUUGACGUUUUCGUAUUUUAUAAU